AUGCGUCUCGCUCCUGUACCGCUCUUCUUCUGGCAACGUCCAGAAGUGGCCGUUGACUAUUCUGGCAUUAGUGGAAAAAUCACUCAUGGAGAUAAAAGAGCUUAUGAUGCGUGUUGUUAUUAUGGAGCUCUUAUUGUAGCUGCUCUUAAAGGAGAAACAAGAGACCAAUUGACUAGUGAAAAAUUUUACGAUGAGCAUCGGGAAUGGUUUGGCGAUCAAGACCUUCACGCUGAGAUAAUAGCCAUUGCUCGUGGUUCAUACAAGAAACCAGGUGGCUAUCAAGAUGGAAUUCGAGGCAAAGGAUUCAUUGUGAAUGCUCUGGAAGCUGCUUUGUGGGCUUUUUGGAGUGAUGGAGACUCAUUUGAGACAGGUGCACUUAACGCAGUUAAUCUUGGUGAUGAUACAGACACAACAGCAGCCAUUUAUGGUCAGUUGGCAGGUGCUUACUAUGGCUACAAGAAACUGCCAAAAAAGUGGUUAGAUUGUAUCUAUGCCAAAGAUUUCAUUCUAUGUGUAAGCAGCUGGAUUGCCUAUGAAGGGGAAACAUGGUUCAAAAAUCAAAAAGUUCCUGGCAUAAGUACACUUAUAACUUCUUUUGAUAACACUUUGCAUAAUUCGAGACCAAGUGAAUCUAUCAAUUUGACGACACAACGCAUGCGUGCAAGCCUUGAAGCCACUUCAGGUUUAGACAUAGCGUUGGGCGCAAUUGUACGCAAAGCUAUCGAUCCUAAUGGUCAUAUUGGAGAUUUUUAUGAUGGAUGGCAAGAUUGUGUCGUAAGAUCAGUUGGUAUGAAAUUGAACGUAAAAGAAGGUUACCAGAAUCCACCAAUAAAGUGUGAGAUAAAAAGUGGCGGUAAGCUUGAAAAUCAGAACGUUCUUCGAUUCAUUGACUUUCCUACUGAUUUUCGAUUGAGUGUGUUGUCGAACUUGGUUACAUCGACAGGUAUUGCUUCGGUUGUUGACUAUCCAUUUGCAAUUGAUGAAUGUACUCGCAUCCUCUACUACUCGUAUGUGAUUCGAAAUCAAGCUUUACUUGACGAGAAAAGUAUCCUAAAAGGGAUGUGCAAAGGUUCUGCCACUCAUGUCAUCACGGCAAUAGACAAGGGUAUCGAUGUUGUAGUUCUAUUGAGAUUACCGAUUGAUGAUUCAAAAGACAUCGACGAGAGUCUCGAUCAAAUAUGCCAGUGCUUGAAGCAUAAAAAGCAACCUAAUAUCAAUGAACAUGUACUGAAUCGAAUUCUUUCUACACACGUUUAUUCCAACACGUUUCAAUUAGCUAAACAAUCAACAUUAUCUAAUGUGUGCCAAGAAAUUCUCAAAAUCAAAAAUAAACUUGCUGAUCAGCCAUCUUGCAAUUAUAUCCUUCAUCCUAUCAAUAUAUUCUAUAUCAAUCAAAGUCAACAGAGCACUCAAUUUAUUCCCAUCGAACCAAGAAUAGCAACAAGGAUUGAAGAGCACUGGCUUCGAUUAUCAUCUGUAGAAAAAAUGUGGAGAGCGUUUCAAGAGAACACAGAUUCCAAUAUUUGGGAAACUGUUCUUAACGAACAGUUCAAUGCGGUGCAAAUUAAAAUCUUGAAAUUCAUAAAUCAUUAUGAGGAAGAAAAGAAAAAUGGUCGAAGUUUGAUUCCGAAUAUUCGUCAAGGCAAGGAGUCGCAAGAGGCUAUCGAAGGUAUCUUACGCAUUAAGGAAGAAACGACAUUGAAGAAAAUCAUCGACGAUUUGAAUCAUUCUUUGAGAAAUUUGAAAGAGAAACAUGAUUUUGUAAAAGAUUUGAAAAAUCGAAAGUUUGAUUAUCAGAAUGCUGCCAAAUAUGAUAUUAAACGUGACGAUGACGAUAACGUAAUCGAGCGCAAGUUAGUCGAAAAUAGGCAGCGACAGCGUUUCCUUUGCUCCAACGAUAGCUUAAACGAAGCGCAUUCAUCACAUUUACAAGAGACAAUGACACAACUAACUCAAGAACGCGAAAGAAAUCCUGAAAUGACUCUAAUAUAUGUAGACUUCUCAUCUUCUUUGCACAAAUUAAACAUGAUAAAAACAUUUCCCUCAACAAUCUGUAACAGCGGAAUUACUGCUGCUGUGCGCGAUUCUUUAUUACCAACGACAAAAAGCUCCGAUCUAUCAUCACCUGUGCCUUCUACAGUUCGGAAGAUUACUAUUGCUCUCAUAGGUAAAUCUGGUGUUGGCAAAUCGAUGCUAAUUAACACAAUCGUCAAUUGCUUAAAAUUCAAGGAAUCCCCACAAGCCCAAUGGAAUGCAUCGGCUGUGCAUGUGGUUGUUCCGUUUAUCUUUCCUUUAAAUACUUCUGUGUGUUCGCGUUUCAUUUUAGUUGGAAAUGAUGAUUCUAACGAAAAUUAUCGUUGUCAUUAUCGUGGUCAAUCUAGAACUCAACGUUGCAAAUCAUAUACAUUUGACAUCGAAAAUGGGCAAAAGUUAUGUAUGGUUGAUACCCCAGGCUUCUCUGAUGCAUGCAAUCAAUCUUCUACUGAAACGACUAUGCAACACAUAGUAUCAUACAUUUCGAAUCUAAAGCAUUUGAACGCUAUUUGUGUUGUGAUAAAAUCAGGCGACUCGGAACUCACUGCUUAUCAACAAUGUUUGAAACCAUUGCUCGAUUUCAUUGGAGAAGAAGCGCAUGAUAAGUUAGUUUUUUGUUUCACUAAUUAUCUUUCCGCUAAAACGACCGCUAAUCAAAGAAUCGAUCAGGUUCAAAGACUGCUCCAAUUACUUUCAUUUCGUAAUAUUACUACGAAGACGAACAACAUAAUAUACUUCGACAGCAACUUCUUUUAUCAUUUAGCUACCGCACACUACUACGAUCGUCACGAGUCGACUCCUGAAAAAAGUUGGUCUAUUUCAAAACAAGGAGUAGAGCUACUUCUACAGUGUGUUCGUCAAACUGAUCGGCCGUGUUUGAUAGAUCGAAGGUUACAAAGAGUAGAAUAUGCUUCUGUUGAAAUUCUGCAGAUGGUUCGUCCGAUAACUGAAGCAAUGCGCAAUAUUCUUCGAAACUAUAUUCUACAUAAGCAUGGAUCAAUAAAUAAAUUUAUCGAACUCCAUCCAAAACCUAUUCAACGACCUUCCGCUAUAUGCUAUUUCUGCCCACGUCGUAUUCAACCAUGUAAUAGUUUAUGGAUUUAUCGUGAUUUUUUGCACGAAUAUCAAAACCAAUGCUCACAUUGUUUAUGUGAUUCGAGACAGCACGUUCCAGUCGACUACCACCUUGAUUACA